AUGGGUUACCUCGUUGUAACCUUCUUCCGGCAGAGGUACAGGUUAUCGGAACUUGUAAAGCUCAUCCUUUCCUACACCAAAUUCUUGGGAAGUUCCGUCAUCGACGAAGUCGACGGUCAGUGGUCUGUCUCUUCGAGUCUGUUGGCCUUCAACUUCUUCAUUUCACUAGUCGCAUCUCUGGCACUGUACCUCACCUUUACGAAAAAUGAGGUUGUGUAUGGAGAUUCGUACUUACUUCAAUCCCUCCUGCUUUUCGAAUACUCACUCUUCUUCGCUUCGAGAAUCGUUAACUUGUUCUCUCAGGUAGGUCGAGUGAACACAGUGUACGGUCUUCAGCUGCUGGUGGUGUUCAUCAACAUCUUCACCGUCCUAGUCGAUGAACUGUACCACAUCAUCUACCUCAAGUCCUCCGACCAAAUAGGCGUCAACUUCGGACAGGUCAUCGUCUUAUUGCUGUGCCUGACUUACGUAUCCUCUCUCACCUACUCGAUUACGAGUUCUUGUGAAAGAACAGUUGUCAAGGUUCGACUAAUGAUCGCAUAUCUUCUGUUUCAGGGCAAAGAAUUCAACACUUUGCUGUACCAGCUUAUGGUUACUGACAAAACAUCUGUAAUGUCUAAGAACAUCGGUGCAGCUGUGACUACUUACCUGGUGAUACUGAUCCAGUUCGCACAGCCCACACCAUCUUAG